UCCAUUCAAUUAACUUCUCGUCCUAAGCGAGACAUCAGCAAGGUCACGAGAAAGUUUGUCCGGUUAACCGAAGAAGCUUCCGGUGCACAACACCGGCCUGGUCACACCUUUGCAAUAACAUCGUUGCAGAGGAUGAGUUGACAUCAGAACAGACCAGGAAUAAACGACACUCAUCAUCAUGCCACCAAGAAUUAAACUUCGAACCUUAAAGAAGGUUUUAUAUGUUGGUGCUGCAGUGGGGGGCAGCUUGUUGCUGACUGCUGGUGUUUACCCAGAAAUUGCAUCACGAUCCCAGUCAUUUUCAAGUACCUAUAACACAAUAAGUAGAAAGCUUGGAUUUUGUGUUAUUGAAGAAGAUCAGGGGGAUACAAUAAAGGCAGCAGAAGAUGAACUUAGGCUGAUGAACAAACCCUUACCUCCAAGACAAGAAAUUCUCAAUUCAUUACGUGAUGAGGAAUUCGACAUACUUGUCAUUGGAGGUGGUGCCACAGGCACUGGAGUGGCCCUGGAUGCUGUGACAAGGGGUCUUAAGACUGGACUAGUGGAAAAAUUUGACUUUGGAUCUGGCACUAGCAGUCGCAGUACAAAACUUAUCCAUGGUGGUGUUAGAUACUUGCAGAAGGCUAUCUUCAACCUGGAUUUGGAACAGUAUCGCAUGGUGAAAGAAGCAUUGGCAGAGCGAUCUAAUCUCGUUAAUAUAGCUCCUCAUCUGGCAGUUCCAUUACCCAUCAUGCUGCCUGUUUAUAAAUGGUGGCAGGUACCCUACUUUUGGUUUGGAAUCAAAAUGUAUGAUGUAGUGUCUGGAGGACAAGUGCUUAAGCCAUCAUAUUUCCUCACCAAGGCAAAGGCGCUUGAAUUUUUUCCCAUGUUGAAAAAGGAUAAGCUAAUGGGAGCUAUUGUUUACUAUGAUGGCCAGCAUAAUGAUGCGAGGAUGAAUGUGUCCUUAGCUGUAACAGCUGUACGACAUGGAGCUUCUGCCGCGAACUAUGUAGAGGUCCUUAAACUUCUCAAAGAGGAAAUUGAUGGCAGAGAAGUUGUGUGUGGUGCAAGAGUCAAGGACACUUUGACUGACGAAGAGUGGGAUGUAAAAGCCAAGUGUGUGAUUAAUGCCACUGGGCCUUACACAGAUCGAAUUCGCAUGAUGGCAGAUGAGUGUACCCCCAAGAUCUGCCAGCCUAGCUCUGGAGUUCAUGUGGUGCUUCCAGAUUACUACAGUCCAGAAAACAUGGGCUUGCUGGAUCCAGCCACUAGUGAUGGUCGAGUGAUCUUUUUCUUACCAUGGCAGAAAGUAACGGUAGCAGGAACAACUGACACUCCCUGCCAGGUAACAGACUAUCCCCAGCCCACUGAGUCUGAGAUUCAGUUCAUUCUAAAUGAAAUUAAAAACUACCUUAGUUCUGAUAUUGAAGUUCGUCGUGGUGAUGUGCUGUCAGCUUGGAGUGGUAUUCGUCCUUUAGUGAUAGACCCUUCCAAAUCUGAUACCCAGUCAAUAGCCCGAAAUCAUGUCAUUGAGGUUUCUCCAAGCCGCUUGAUCACUAUUGCUGGCGGCAAAUGGACCACGUACAGGCAUAUGGCAGAAGAAACAGUGGACCGGGCUGUAAAGGUGUGCAAGCUCAAGCCCACAUGUGCCUGCCGUACAAAGGGGCUGUUAUUGGAUGGGGCUCAUGGAUGGUCACCCACUCUCUUCAUUCGCCUUGUGCAGGACUUUGGACUUGAAAAUCAGGUAGCCCAGCAUCUUGCCAACACAUAUGGGGAUAAAGCUAUCAUGGUAGCUAAGCUGUCAAAUCUAACAGGCAAGUGCUGGCCAGUUGUGGGCAGACGACUUCAUGAGGAGUUUCCAUACAUUGAAGGAGAGGUGAAAUAUGCAGUUCGAGAGUAUGCUUGCAGAGCAAUUGAUAUAAUUGCACGAAGAACAAGACUGGCAUUCUGCAAUGUUCAUGCAACUCAGGAGGCAUUGCCAAAAAUUAUAGAUAUCAUGGCCCAGGAGUUAGGAUGGGAUGAAACCAGAAAAAAGGAUGAAUAUUGCAGAGCUGACACCUUUUUGCGACGAGAGAUGGGCCUGGAUAUCAAACAUAGCAUGUGCACCCAGCAACAGCUUAACUUCACUAAGGAAGAAAUUAACCAAUAUGUGAAGCGUUUCAAGUCUCUAGAUUUUGACAACAAAGGCUUCAUCACUAUUAAUGACUUGAGAAGCUAUUUUGAGAAAGUGGGAGAGUGUGUGUCAGAAGACCAGAUGCAUGAAAUCCUCAAUGAGGUGGAUCUCAAUCGCAAUGCUCAAGUUGACCUAGGAGAAUUCUUGCAGCUGAUGAAUGCUUUGAAGAUGGGAACCGUCAGCAACUCUCGGCUGGCCAUGGCCGCACGGUUUAGUGUAGAACGAGAGGGCAAGACUCAACCAAUCCCAGUGGAGCGCAGUGGUGGUGGCGUGUGAUACACCUCUUACAGACUUUCAUCAUCACUGGAGUCCUAAAUGCGUCACACAAAUAUAAUGAUUUCUUCAGACUGCAUUAUGUUGAGUGUACAGUUUUUGUAAAAGUGGGGUAGAUGUUGACAUCAUGCUGCACUUGUAAAAACCUAUUCCUAAGAAUGAUGUAAGUUGGUGUCUCUUUGGGUGUUUUACACUGCCUAGCAUCUUUUGAAUUCUUUCAUCCUACUUUAUAACCCACACGUAAGAAAAACAAAAACAAGUCUUGUCAUUUAAUUAAGAUGGCAUCAAAAUCCCCCACCUCUCUCUCUUUCUUCUGUCCUUAGCUACCAUUUCUCCAAAAUAAAUUGUUCUAUAGUGACAAUGUUUUGUGUGUGUGUGUGGGUGAUGUCUUUGUUUCUUGGAGGAGGCAGUGGUGAUAUUAAUAUAUACAUUUUCUUACAAGCACACUUAAAGAGCUUGCUGGGCUAAUACAGAAAAUGCUUUUGAAGGAAGAUUUUCCUGCUUGUUUCCUUACGUGUAUUCAUGCUAGAUGUAACUUUUUAUGUAACAUAAAUGAACCGGUUUUGUUUUCUGUUGAUACCUGUAAUAAGGAGCCUUCUUAAAGAUAAUGUAGUGUGUGGAUAUCUUGACACAUGUUUUGUGAGUAGGAAAGUGUACCAUACUCUGGCUUUGAAAUUUUAUAUGGAUUUUGAUUUUUAGAAUAUGACAUUUCUGGCUGGUUCUUCAGACGUGAAUAUAAAUAUAUAACAGAAAAUUAUGUUGUACAAUAAUUUGGUUGUAAUACUACAGGAAGAAGUUCUGUAUAAUAAUAAAACAUAAUAUAGAAUAAUACUUUAUAACAAUAGAUUAUUACGUUUAUAUUUUAUAUGCUCUACUGAUGCUGCAAUUUCGCACUUAUAAAGAUUAUUAAGUACAGUAUUUGAAGCACUUCAAAAGCUGCCAGGCAAUAACAUUUUCUCUAGAAGAAUCACAAAACAUGGAAAUGCCCUGUAGUAACUAGUAGUGUGUCCUGAGGCUUUUUAAUAUAUAUAUACCGUUUAUUUAUAUUUAAAGAGUGAUCUUGCUGGUGGUUGAGCCACGUUAUAGAAAGAGUAAUAUAUGCACAACUACUUUUUUUUUUAUUUUAAUAGAACCUAGUGGCCUAUGGAAAAAUACUCGUCAAAUAAUGCCAUUCUUUGCUGUCUUUAGCCCCAUUAUCAUUUACAAUUCUUUAUUUUGUCCUUGUCUGAUCAGAAUAUGCUAAAGGUGCAAAACGUUUUUUCCCAGCAUAUUUCGCUGUAGAAGGGACAUCAGUGUGUUUAUUAUUGAAUGCCAGCAAGUUUUGAGGGUCUUCACAUACGCUAACAGUUAUUGGAUAAAAGUCUACUAGAAUGAGAUGACCAAAACUAAUCAUCAGUUUUAGCAUUAUGUCUGACAUUGUGCAAGGUUGACUAAAACUUUGUUGCAGUGUCGUUCCCAAUUAUCAGUGGACUCAACUAACUCUGCACAGUGGAAAAGGAAAUUAAAAUUACAUUAGGUGUGUUUCGUCGUAUGUACUUUGUGAUGAAGGUGAUUAUUCUAUACACAGGCACCAGACAGAUAAAAAUAAAAGCGUAUACCUUACAAAAGAUAAGUAUACCUUAUUGUUUCUCUUUAUUGGUUUUGAUUUCCUGUGUUUAAGGUAACAGAUGACUUAUUAGUUAUCUCGGUGAAAACACUUGCAUGUUCGCUCACACACACGCGCACACACUUGAUGUAAAGUUGAUUUGUUUCCACUCGAGUACUUUGAAUGAGUGGAUACAACGUCCAUGACUUUAUCCAGUCUUCUGGUUUUGUUUUUUGUACACAAGAACACAUUUUUUUCGGUUGUUAGGUAACGGUGAUAAUAUCGGGCUGUUAUCUUAGUAAUUCAUCAUUUUCAUUGUGGAACAUAGCGUAGCUAACCGUCAGUGCAUAUAAUUUUCUUUUACUUUUUAGGAGGAUGUGAAUCUUACGUCUGAAGAUGCUUCUCUCGCGCGAUAUUUUUUAUUUUGUCUAAUUUGUGUGCAAAGGUUUAGCUACUCAGCCUUGUAUAUAUUAUUGUUAUUAUUUAGGGAGUUUUUAUAUGUGUAAACUGCUUCAUAGGCAAACAUCUGUAUCUAGGACCAAACUGUGUAACUCCAUUGCAUAUUUGUUUAUGUCGUGACUUUUUGUGAGAACGUUUGGAGUAAAAAAAAAUAUCUCAAGAAUUUCA